AUGGAUGAUGCCGAUCAAACCACUGACGAGGACACUAGCAAGGGAUCGCCGCACGAGAAGGGCUCGCCCGAUGGAGAGCUGCCGGAUGGCGUUCCGCCAGAUGCACAGACAACAGUCUUGGAUGGCGACGUCAAGACAAAAGAGACUGCACAGGCUACAAUGGAUGGGGACCUGAAGCGCACGGCAAUGCCGACACCAGAAAUGGCGGCUAUGAUGAUGGCACCCCAGAUGGCAGCGGCGGAGCCACCCAAGCCAACCGAGGCGCCACCUGUCGCCGCCAUCGAUUUUAGCGAGUACGGACAGAAGAUUGUGAGCUUCCUGGCACGAAACUUCUACAACAUGAAGUAUAUCGCACUUGUGCUGGCGUUCUUCAUCAACUGCAUUCUUCUGUUUUACAAGGUUUCAACUGGCGAAAGUGGCGAUGACGACGACGCAGCAGGCGCUGUGGCCGCUGCCGCCGAGGCGCUGAGCGAUACCGAGGGCGAUAGCGAUGCCGGCGGUGGUCUGGCCGAUGUGCUAGCGAACGCGACUGAAGCGUUGUCGGACUCAGAAGGGAGCGAGGAAGAGUUGGAGGAGUGGGUGAUAAUAGAAGAGAAGCUCUUUUAUCUGGAGCCAAUAAUCCGGUUCAUGGCCCUGUUUCACUCACUCGUCUCCUUCUGCAUGCUCAUCGCAUACUACCACCUAAAGGUUCCACUAGCCAUCUUCAAACGAGAGAAGGAAGUUGCCCGUGCCAUGGAGUUUGACGGUCUGUAUAUCACGGAAGAGCCUGCGGAAGAUGACGUACGCGCACGCUGGGACAAGCUUGUGAUAAGCACCAAAUCUUUUCCUGUGAACUAUUGGGACAAGUUCGUCAAGAAAAGGGUGCGCCAGAAGUACUCAGAGACCUACGACCCAGAGGCACUGAGCAACGUUCUUGGCAUGGACAAGAGUGGGUCCAUCUCUCAGGAGCAGGAGGAACCCAGCGGCCUGUUCCCUCUCAUUACAAACGUCGACUGGAAAUACCAGAUUUGGAAGUCUGGAGUCACAAUCACCGAUAAUUCCUUCCUGUACAACUUGUGGUACUUCACGUUCUCGGUGAUGGGCAACCUGAACUACUUUUUCUUUGCGGCCCACCUGCUGGAUGUGGCUGUCGGCUUCAAGACACUGCGCACCAUCUUGCAGUCCGUCACACACAACGGCAAACAGCUGGUGCUGACAGUGAUGCUGCUGACUAUCAUAGUGUACAUCUACACGGUCAUAGCGUUCAGCUUUUUCCGCAAGUUCUACGUCCAAGAAGAGGACGACCAGGUUGACCAGAAAUGCCACAGCAUGCUUACGUGCUUUGUUUUCCACCUCUACAAAGGCGUCCGAGCUGGUGGCGGAAUCGGUGAUGAAAUCGAACCUCCGGACGGUGACGAAUAUGAGGUGUACCGCAUCAUUUUCGACAUCACUUUCUUCUUCUUUGUCAUUGUCAUCCUGCUGGCCAUCAUUCAGGGUCUCAUUAUUGAUGCCUUUGGAGAGCUGAGAGACCAGCUGCAGAGUGUGGUCGAUGACAUGGAGUCGAACUGCUUCAUCUGUGGCAUUGGCAAGGACUAUUUUGAUCGGGUGCCCCAUGGCUUCGACACGCACGUUCAAAAAGAGCACAACUUGGCCAACUACAUGUUCUUCUUGAUGCAUCUCAUCAACAAGCCGGAUACAGAAUAUACGGGCCAGGAAACGUUCGUGUGGGAGCUGUAUCAGAAGCGCUGCUGGGACUUUUUCCCUGUCGGUGACUGCUUCAGGAAACAGUAUGAAGACGAGCUAAUGGGGGCCGGAUAA